AUGGAAGGGAAGGAAUGCCCAGAGGUGAAGAAGGGACCCUGGACCAACUGCACCGGAACCACACAGAAUUUCCUGGCCGCCUUCAUCGCCGCCAUGGACGACGGACCUGAUGUGAGUCAUUGCGGGGUCGGCUUGGCCGUGAAUGGUCCUUGCAGCCCGACUCGGAGAGAUUCAAUGGAGUCCAGCUGUGACGUGAGCGCUGAUGCCUCCGUCGCAGGAGUUUUCUACGUCCGAGCGCCCGUUCUGGGUGGUUCGCCAUGCCCUGUUGGGAAGGGAGAGAUGGCGUGGAUGGAUGAAGGAAGGCUGGAACGAGAGAGCUUUGUGGCGAGUUCAUUGUUGGUAUUGACGACCCGGGAGGACAUGGACUCCUUCGUGAAACUGGAGGAAGAGCUGCUGGCGAUGACGGAGGCCCAGCAGCAGGAGUUCACCCCUCCCUCCGCGAGGACAGCAUAUUCUGACAGUACAAUGGAGGGUGCGUUGUUGGUGAAAACGUUCCAGCCUUCUCCUCUGCAGCCUCGCAAGGCCAAGAAGAAGCCCGUGCCGGAUGUCUUCAAAGACGAGCGAUACUGGGACCGUCGGAGGAGAAACAACGCGGCGGCGAAGAAGUCCAGAGACACGCGGCGGAUGAGGGAGAACCGUAAUGUGGCCAGGAUCUCGUUCCUCGAGCACGAAGUAAGCUGA